UAAAAAAUAAUAGGGAAAAGCUGAGUUCAAAUUCAGUUACGACUUUCCAGCACCACAAAAAGUUCAACAACCCUACCAGUCACUCUCUUUUAUGCACGCCUACCCAAUGAACCCUUGCCAAAAGCUAAACCCUUUCAUGCCCACGGAAGAAAAAGAGGAGGAAAAGCUAAACCCUUUUAUGCCCACGGAAGAAAAAGAGGAGGAAAGUGGACAAGGCUUUCGUUUAUUUUGUUGAUGCAAAUUAAAUGCUAUGUCAAUUUUGCCUUUCCUGUGGCCAUCUGUUCUGUUUAUCUUGCUUUUUUUGUUGGCUCCAACUUCAAGCCUUGACAGUUUGCAUGGUCACCCAAAACAUAGACGUGAGGUUAUUGUAAAGCGCCAUGGUGUUGUUGCGACUGAUGAUGGGCGUUGUUCCAAAAUAGGUAUGAAUGUUCUUCGUGCAGGAGGCCAUGCUGUUGAUGCUUCGGUUGCUGCUGCUCUUUGCUUAGGAGUUGUCAGCCCAGCUUCAAGUGGCCUUGGAGGAGGAGCAUUUAUGUUGAUCAGGCUAGCCAGUGGGAAAACACAAGCAUUUGACAUGAGAGAAACUGCUCCAAUGAAAGCUUCCGAGAACAUGUAUGUUGGCAAUGCUUCUCUAAAGAUUAGCGGAAUCCUCUCUGUAGCAGUUCCAGGUGAACUUGCAGGCCUUCACAAAGCUUGGGAGCAACAUGGGAAGCUUCCAUGGAAAAGGCUUGUGAAGCCGGCAGAAGUUCUUGCUCGUAGGGGAUUCAAGAUUUCUCCAUACCUUCGUAUACAGAUGGAGGAUUCAAAGUCAGAGAUCUUAGCAGAUAAAGGACUCCGGGGUAUAUUCACAUCAAAUGGAAAGCUUUUGCAGGCAGGCGAUGUUUGCCGCAACAAAAAACUAGCCAAAUCACUGGAAGCAAUUUCAAAAUAUGGCUUGAAAGCAUUCUAUAACGGAUCAAUUGGGUUUCAAUUGGUGAAAGAUGUUCAAAUGGCUGGAGGAAUACUAACAAUAAAGGACUUGCAAAACUAUGCAGUUAAAAUGAGAAAUCCGAUCUCUGCCAACAUUCAAGGCCUUAAAGUAAUUGGAAUGCCACCCCCUUCUUCUGGGGCUGCUACAAUGAUACUUACGUUAAACAUUCUUGCUCAAUAUGGAGUUCCUUCGGGUGUUUCUGGCCCCCUUGGUAUCCAUCGCCAAAUUGAAGCUCUGAAACAUGGUUUUGCUGUGAGGAUGAAUCUUGGCGAUCCAGAUUUUGUUAAUAUAUCUAAUGUUUUAUCGGAUAUGCUCUCGCCCAAAUUUGCAGAGUCAUUAAAGAAAACUAUAUAUGACAAUAUGACAUUUGGUCCCGGCCACUAUGGUGGCAGGUGGAACCAACUCCAUGACCAUGGCACCACUCAUGUGUCAAUUGUAGAUUGUGAUCGAAAUGCUGUCUCCAUGACUAGCACAGUCAAUUCAUACUUUGGAGCAAAAGUAUUAUCUCCAAGUACAGGAAUAGUCCUCAACAAUGAAAUGGGUGAUUUCUCCAUCCCUUCAAAGGGCGGUAAAGAUUCCCCACCACCAGCUCCACCUAAUUUCAUCAGGCCAGGGAAAAGACCUUUAUCAUCCAUGACGCCUACCAUUGUACUGAAGGAUGAGAAACUGAAAGCUGUUAUAGGUGCCAGUGGCGGAGCCAUGAUUAUUGCUGGAACUGCAGAGGUUUUCUUGAAUCAUUUUUUCCGUGAAAUGGAUCCUUUUUCAUCCGUUAUGGCACCAAGAGUCUACCAUCAGUUGAUACCGAACGAGGUACAUUACGAGAAUUGGACGACAGUGACGGGCGAUCACUUUGAAAUUGCAGGUAAGAUCAGGGCAUCUCUUAAAAAAAAGGGCCAUGUUCUACAAAGCCUUGCAGGUGGAACCAUUUGCCAAUUUGUAGUACAAGAACUAGAAUCUGGAAAGCUAAUGGGUAUUAGUGAUCCCAGAAAAGGUGGAUUUCCAGCUGGGUAUUGAUUGACAUUGAGGGUUGUUUUAUUGAAUGCAAUAAAAAUUAGUGCUUAUCCA